AAUCUCGUAGGUUGAUAAAAUAAAUAAAAUAAAUUAGCCAUGGCAGUAUACGCGGCUCAUUUGACGAGAACCCUACAGGGUACGCCCUCCGUGUUCCAAAUUACAGCUCAAGAAGCCCUAGGAGCAACAGUUAAACCGGCAUUUCGCAGGCUAGUACAGUAUCUGUCUGAAGUGUACCCCAACAAGUGGGGCUGGUGUGAGCGGUAUUUUGAUGAGGUGUUUUUAGCUGCUGACUGCAUACUACAGUACUACUAUCUCAAACACUAUGCUGGAUCAUUUUCGGAAUGCUUUUACGGUUUGCUCCGAACACCAAUCACUCCUAGCGAUGAAUUCAGUUCUGGCACAAGACUACCUGAUGCACUGGAAAAGGGCUCCCUUGCCCUGUUAGUGUUAGCUCCAUACUUGAAAGAUAAGGCUGAGAAAAUUGUUGAUAAAUGGAGAGACGACUCAGAAGCAGGGAUUCUUGGCAGGAGCAAAUCAGACCAAGCUCGCCGUGCGGCUAUAAAGCUGUACUCCAUAAUGUAUUUCAUCAUGGAGACGAGUAAGUUGCUCAUUCUGGCCCGCUACCUUAUGGCCAGGGAGCAGGCACCGACAUUGCCACUUUACCUACUUGGACUCACACUCAAAGACGCCCCACCCGAGGAGCCAGAUAAUAUUUCCUUGAAGGAUGUUGUGCAAAACUUCUGGACGAGAGACCUUGAAGGCGAGGCGAUCGGCAGAUGGGCGCUGCGGGCACUCGGCCGGGGCGCGCAGUACAGUCUGUUCGCGCUGCAGCUGCUGCGGUGGUGGGCCGCGCGGGGACCGGCGCUGCAGGCGUUACCCGCACCGCCCGCGCCACAGAAACCUGAGCGUGCCACUAGGUUCACAAACCUGUGCCCGGUGUGCAUGCAGAGUUGGAAGGUGCCCACCGUGCUACCAGUCUCCGGCUACGUGUACUGCUAUACUUGUAUAUCGCGCGCGCUGCGGCGCGGGGGUCGCUGCCCCACCACCGGCCUGCCCGCCAGCGAGGGGGACUUGCGACGACUGUACUUGGUGGACUGACCCACUGUUAAGGGGUUUAAGACACGCGGACUUCAGUCCCCCUAGCCCCCUGGCCAGGGGGACUGGUUAGGCCAAAGAGGGGUUUACUGUUAAAUACCUAUACCGCCUAUCCAUUCCAAUUUAAUCUAAAGGUGAGACUACACUGCAGCGAAGCAACGCAAAAGGUCAGUCCUACGGAACGUAAAGACGUGUAGCGUCGUUCCGUUGCAGCAUAGUGUCGCCUUACGCCUAGUGUGAUCUGCAAAGCUAAGAAGUCCAGAAUAUGCCAAAGAAUCGUGUGACAUAUAAGCUCGGAAAAUGACUCUUUUGUUCGCAGUAAGUUAAUUAAAAAAAUCAGAUGUCAACUUGCUUGGAGUACUGAAUUUUUCGAAGUUUUUUUCCCAAAAAAACAUUGGUUGUACAUAAGGUGCUUACUGCUUUUUUAUUGUGCAAUAUUAAUUGUAAGGGUAAUGUGAUAGUGUAAAAGACAACAGACAAUAGACAUUAUGACUACAUUGUUAAUACUUCUCGGCUAACUUUGUUUUCCCUUCUAAAAUAUUUUUUUAACAUAGUUCUUCUAUAGAUAUA